AUGUCGACAAUAAUCAAUGAUUUUCUUUAUUUGGGUUCAAUAAAUGAUGCAUGUACACCAUCGAUUUUAAAUCAAUUGAAAAUAACACAUUUAAUUAAUUUAAGUUUAACAAGAAUUGUUCUUGAAGAAUCAUUUGAACUUCUUCAUUUACCUUUAUACGAUAGAUUUGAUGAAUCUAUUAUUAAUUAUUUCAAACAAGCAAAUCAAUUUAUUGAAAAAUGUCGUCAAAAUGAAAAUGGACGAUGCUUAGUUUUUUGUAAGCACGGAAGAUCGAGAUCCGUUGCAAUUGUAAUUGGCUAUUUAAUUGAACAUCAUGGUCAUACAGUACCAUCUGCUUAUUUAUUAUUGUCAAAUAUUCGUCCAACAAUAUCACCGAAUCGAAAUUAUAUUAAUCAACUCAUUAAAUAUUCUUCUCAAACGGAACAAACUCUUUGUCCAUUUAUUUCUUCCUGA